ACAUAGAUAAGGGGAACGAUAAGGGCGGGUGGAUAAUAAAAUGGUACAGCAAGCCGAGUGAGCGAGAGUGUCGAGACCGGAGAGUGUACUCUGAGCGAAAGAGAGAGAGAGGAGAAAUCAUGUCUGGUUCUCUUUCCUUCCUUCACAGUGCGUUCGCUUCUUCACAACAACUCACUCUUGGACCCAAAUUCAUAGCAGCGAAAGCAAGUCCAUCUCUGGUUAUUGAAGCAAAGGCCACAACCAGGAGGGAAGACAGGCUUGCUCGACAUGCCCGUAUUAGAAAGAAGGUUGAAGGGACACCAGAAAGGCCAAGGUUGUCUGUCUUUCGCUCCAACAAGCAUAUCUAUGUCCAGGUGAUCGAUGACACUAAGAUGCACACCCUUGCUUCAGCUUCAACAAUGCAGAAACCCAUAUCUGAAGAAUUUGAUUAUUCUUCUGGACCUACAGUUGAAGUGGCAAAGAGGAUUGGUGAAAUCAUUGCUAAGAACUGUUUGGAGAAAGGAAUCAAAAAGGUAGCAUUUGACCGGGGUGGUUACCCUUACCAUGGGCGUGUUGAAGCCCUUGCUAAUGCUGCGAGGGAACAUGGUCUUCAAUUCUGAAACUUGGUAGUUACUUUUUCUGUUUCUCCAAGCACUCAACAUUGUUUUAUUUUUUACUCUUUUUUGGUCUUCUUGGUCACACAUGAUGGACUAAUUAGAUGUGAACGAAAAUUUUCUUGGUCUUCUUAGUCACAUGUGAUUGAUGAAAGAAUUAAAUGGGAAUGAGACCUAUCCUAUCCAGUUACUUCAGUGUAGGAUAUAGGAACUAUUUCCAUAUUUUGUUUGUUUACAUGUAAGGCAUAACCAAAGUUUCAUUUUUCAGAAUACUUCUAAAAGUGGUAAUAGUAUUGUCUUAUUACCAAUUUACCAUGGCUACCCAAACUCCCAAACUCUUCCAAUA